GGCAUCAUUAAAUGUAACCAAUACUAAGUCCAAAGGCAAAAGUGGCCCCAAGAGCCGACAGAAACUCUGCAAUCAUCGCUGCAUUAACAAAGCAGUAUGUGGCCAUGAUUGUUGCAAGUAUGGUGUAAAUACAAGUGGCAAUGGAAAUAUGACAGAUGCUUGUAUUACAAGUAUGCCUUCUAGCUCACUACAAGUGGCUACUCCAAUGAAAAGGAAGCAAAAAGCAGGAGAAAUGGCCGAACAUGUUAGCGAUUUGCGUAAUCGCAUGUCAAAUAUUCCACCCACUCCUGGAGUGAAGAGACUAAAAGUAACGAGCUCUAAUUACAGGGACUACCUCAGUCGCAGGGACAACAUGAAAAGAGAUUUCUCUUAUGUACCAAAGACUAAACUUCCUCCUUCUUUCUCUCUCUCUUUUCCUGGCCCAUCUUCAUAUGAUGACUCUGGUCCAUUACAAAGAGAGAGAGAAAGAGGAGAAGUAAUUGUUGAAAGAGAUUCCGAGGAAGACAUCUCGUUUUAUGAUCCUGAUCUCUUUACCAUGUACGAUGAUUUCUCUGAUGACGAUUUCUCUCCUCCUCCUCUCCCUCCUUCUCUUCCAAAACUCGGUCUACUCAAAAUACCAGCGCAAUUGGAACCAGUUCCUACUUUACAGCAACCGGGACCAUCAACAUGGCAACCGGUGUCGCCACCAUGGCAACCAGAUGUAACACCUUCAGAUUAUGACACUAACUUGAAAGAUAGCAACACGUUUGAUAAAGAAGUCAAAACUAAGAGACCCUCUUGUCAGAGGAAUAUCUUGCAUGAAUUGAAUUACGUGAGUUCUGGAAUGAACAAAAAAGUUUCUCCACCAACCUCCUCCUCCUCUUCUAAUCUUCUACCAUUCUUUACUUCUUCAGCCAAAAACAACUCACAGACUGAUGAAAUGAUGUUUUUGGUGAAGUAUUUGAUGGCUUAUUCUGCUGGCUCAGAUUGA